AUGCAAAGACCAUCAUCACUACUAUCCUCGGUUACCCCGACAGUUUACUGCAUACGUCGACACAACACCUCAACCCAAGCGAAAGUCACGGAAGCGCAUGCUGCCCUCACCAAAGCCUUCCCUAAAUCCAAGUCAAUCAUGAGGACCAAAGAAGCCCCCUCUAACAAAGCCGAACACGUUCUGACAACCAUCGACCAGCUCGUAAACUGGGCCCGCCAAAGCUCUCUCUGGCCACUAAGUUUCGGCCUGGCCUGCUGUGCCGUAGAGAUGAUGCAAGUUUCGAUGCCCCGCUACGACCAAGAUCGUCUGGGAAUCAUCUUCCGGGCCUCGCCGCGACAAUCCGACGUCAUGAUCGUGGCUGGCACGGUCACCAAUAAGAUGGCCCCGGCUCUAAGACAAUGCUAUGAUCAGAUGCCAGACCCAAAGUGGGUGAUCAGUAUGGGCAGUUGCGCUAAUGGGGGUGGAUAUUACCAUUACAGUUAUAGUGUUGUAAGGGGCGUGGAUCGGAUUGUUCCAGUCGAUGUUUAUAUUCCGGGUUGUCCGCCAACGCCGGAGGCGUUUUUGUAUGGUAUUUUCCAGCUGCAGAAGAAGAUGAGGCACACUAGGGUUACGAGGAUGUGGUAUCGGCGGUAG